UUUUUAGGUCCCCUGCCCCCUACUUGGCAACGAUGUAUAUUUUUUCAUUGCGAAUCAAAGGGGGACCACUGCGUCGGAUAUUAGUGGUGUUCAGCCUGAAGUGAAUCCCGGAAGCGGAAAUACGCCAAUUUGCAAAAUGGCUGACAAUUCAACAUCGGAAAAUUCUGGAAAGAAAAUAACGGUUACAGUUAAAACCCCUAAAGAAAAACAAGCAAUUGAAAUUGAUCAAGAUGCUUCGAUUCAACAGUUGAGGGAUCUAGUGGCACAGAAGUUUUCUGCUCCAAUUGAACAGUUAUGUUUGAUAUUUGCUGGAAAGAUACUGAAAGAUGAUGAGACACUUGUUCAACAUUCCAUUAAAGACGGGAUGACUGUUCAUCUAGUAAUUAAAUCAGCAAACCGGGUAUUUAUUAAACAUACUACAUUAAAAAUAUGUAAUUGCUUUUUAUCUUGAUAACACAGUACACAA